CCCACAUGGCUCAUGUGAUCACUAAUGAAGUGGAUCUGGUGGAUUCACCGCGGGGACGGCUUGUCCCGUCCUGCCCURCCCGGGUUGAACCAUCAGGACUUUGACAAGUUAAAUCCGCCCCGUCAUCGCCGAGCGCCUCCUCUCAUCUGCAUUAGUAAAAUCUGCAAAUGAUAAGAGGGAAGGGUUCUCAGAAGUUCUGAGUUUUUCAUCUCAAACGAGCUGAUUACACGAGGAGAUUAAGGAUUCAUGACAUAAAUGGCUGAAGAAUUAUUAACAGAAAAUGCUGCAAAACUCAGGGGGCAUCUCACGGGGUCACUGCUGGCGGUGGCGUUCCUGGCUUCGUUCGGCAGCUCCAUGCUCUACGGCUACAACCUGGCAGUGGUCAACUCGCCUGCAGAGUUCAUCAAAGCUUUCUACAAUGACACACUGGUUCAUCGCUACAACUGGACUCCAGAUGAACAUUUUCUGACCAUCCUGUACUCCCUCACCGUGUCCAUCUUUGCCAUCGGUGGAAUGAUUGGUGCCUUAAUGGUGGGCAGACUCACCACCAAAUAUGGAAGAAAAGGGACGCUCGUUAGAUCCACCAUCCUGGUUUUUGUUGGAGGAUCCUUGAUGGGGUUCAGCCGAUGGUGCAGAAAUCCUAUGAUGGUCAUCGCAGGACGCUUCAUCACCGGAGUACACUCAGGGAUUUCCCUCAGUGUGGUACCAAUGUACCUCGGCGAGAUCGCUCCCAAGAACCUGCGAGGCUUUCUGGGUCUCGUUCCCAGUAUCCACAUCUGUCUUGGAGUCUUUAUCGCUCAGGUCCUGGGGCUCUCGCAACUGCUGGGAAAGGAAGAACACUGGCCUCUGCUCCUCUCUUUUGUGAUGUUUCCCACACUGGUCCAGUUGAUGCUGCUGCCAUGGUUUCCAGAGAGUCCCAGAUACCUGCUAAUAGAGAAAGGCAAUAUGUAUGCAACCAUCACAGCCUUGAAGAGGUUCUGCAAAAAAGGGAACAUCCAAGCUGAGGUGGAGGAGAUGCAGGAGGAGCAGCGCUCGCUGUCCUCCGUCCAGACCCUGUCUGUGUGCAGUCUGCUCACAGACCGCUGUGUCCGCUGGCAGGUCCUCACCAUCGUGGUGCUCAACGUCGGCAUGCAGCUGUCUGGCAUUGACGCGAUCUGGUUCUACACAAAUGAAAUAUUUAGGAGGGCGGGAAUCCCAGAAGCUCGCCUUCAGUACACAACUGUGGGAACUGGUGCCAUUGAGGUCAUCGCAGGGAUGUUCGGAUGUUUCACUAUCGAGCAUCUGGGCAGAAGGCCUCUGAUAAUCGGAGGAUUUGUUUUUAUGGGUCUCUGCUGUGCAGGAAUUACUGUGUCAGCCCUCUACCAGGAGCAGUUUUCGUUUCUGAGCUACAUCAGCGUGGGCUGUGUGGUCGGGAUCAUCGCUGGGUUCUGCAUCGGUCCAGCUGGCGUGCCUUUCCUCAUCACCGCAGAGCUCUUUAAGCAAUCUCACCGACCGCCUGCCUACACUGUUGCUGGUUGCCUCAACUGGUUGUCCAACUUCACCAUCGGCUUCAUUUUUCCCUUCAUGGAGGAAGCUACCGGUCCUUACUGUUACCUGAUCUUCUGUGCGAUCUGCUGGGGCGUGGCGGUGUACGCCGUUUUUAUCAUACCUGAGACCAAGAACAAAACCUUCCUGGAGAUCAGCCAGAUGUUUGACGACAGAAACGGCGACAUCCUCGACGAAGGAGAAGUGACUUCAAACCUGAAGAUGGGACUGAUGAACGGCUACGGAACGAUGGAACAGCUGACAUGCUGACGCUGUUCCAAGGAUGAACUGAAGAUUUUAUUUUUUUCUUUUAAACAAGUCGAAUAAACCAACGUGCAAAACUU